UCCUAGUAUCACUAACGUUAGUUCUCUUUCGUAAACACAACGUAAGCAUACUAGCAACUUACUACACGUAACAUUACAAUUAAAUCAUUAAAAUACUUUUUUACAGGGUUAAACAUUUUUCAAGUUAGUCCUGAAAAAUCCGGAUUCUCCUGCUGAAUGUGAAUGAAAGAAAGGCGAAACGCGUGAAGUGCUGGAACACACGGCACAGAAGAGAAAGAGUCACUGUGUCUUGAGGUCGAUGGAGCGCUUCUGGAGGACGUGCACUCAUCUGUUAGAAAGACUGCUCUGAAGAUUAGUCAGUGAGUUACCGUUCCUCUUUUGCCCUCUAAUCAUCCAAGACAAACAGUGGUUACUUCAGAACCUGAAAACCGGAUUCAGGAUGUCAUCUGAGGAAGAAGAUGCUUCAAACAGUCACAGUGGUCAAUCAAAAAGUAGGCUGAAGAGCAAGAAGCCACCAAGUCUGAUGAUUGCAAUUCCCAAACCCGAGGCUGAAAAAAAGUCCCUGCGGCCAUCUUUUAAGAAAAGUGAGAGUCUACAGCAGUCAAGUGAAGGAUUGUCAGACAGCAGUCCAUCUACAAGGGACAGAAGAACAACGUUCAAAAGGCAAACGUCACUCUCUCAGAGCAUUCGCAGGGGUACAGCUCAGUGGUUUGGAGUAGGCAGUGAUAGUGAAUCCAAGCAGCAGCAAUGGCACAGGAAGAGUCUUCGGCACUGCAGUCAGAGAUAUGGCAAACUGAAGCCUCAGUAUUGUGAGCAGAAUGAGGCAGCCAGCCUAGAUUAUGGCCUGGAGUCACCAGUGGCCACCAGAAUGCCAAAGAUUGUUGAUCCUUUGGCUCGUGGGCGACAGUUUCGUUAUGAGGAGUCCGAGCGACCGAGGACACCCCAUACAGCAUAUCCUCCUUUGACCCCAGGAGUGACCUCUCUCUGCUCGUUCACCAGCCAGCGCUCUGGUUACACACGUUUGCCACGGAGAAAAAGAGAAUCGGUGGCUCGUAUGAGCCUCCGUGCUGCGUCCAACCUUCUUAAGGUUCGACAGGGUCUACAGGGCACUCAGAGUGGACGUGGAUUUCAGAGGAGGAGUUUUGCUCGGCCCAGCUGGCUCGAAGACGACACUGUGGAUACAGCAGACACCUCUGAUUCAGUUUUUUUUAGCAAGGUAGAUGUCCAUGAGGAGCUUUAUUCAAUGGCAGAUGAUGUUUUUGAGUCACCCCCUAUAUCAGCUUCUUGUCAUUUGGCAGAUGUUUCUUUGGGCGAGGGAAUAUCAUUUCCCAACUUGGGAAAAAAGGAUGUCACCAAAACUGUGACCCCCUCUGAGAGAGAAUCUUCUCGUCGUGGAGGUCGAAUUGCCUCCAAAGUGAAGCACUUUGCGUUUGAUAAGCAGAAGCGUCAGUAUGGUAUGGGUGUGGUGGGGAAUUGGCUGAACCGACACUAUAGACGCAGCCUUAGCAGCCAAGUACAGAAACAACUGGAAGAUUUUCAUAGUCAUCGGCCAUAUUUUACCUACUGGAUUACCUUUGUGCAUAUUAUCAUAACAUUGCUGUCCUGCAUUACAUAUGGAUUUGCUCCUGUAGGCUUUGCCCAACAUUCCACCACUCAACUGGUACUGAGAAACAAAGGAAUCUAUGAGAGUGUGAAGCAUGUGCAGCAGGAGAACUUCUGGAUUGGUCCUUGCUCUGAGGAUCUAAUCCACUUGGGAGCAAAGUUUUCUCCAUGCAUCAGACGAGACAGUCAAAUAACGAAGCUAGCACAGCAGGCCAAAGAUCUAGAGAGAGAGUCCGGCUGCUGUGUACAGAACGAUGGUUCUGGAUGUGUACAGACCCAGAGUGAUGACUGCUCGGAGACUUUAGCAACAUUUAUAAAAUGGAACAAAGAGAAUGUAGACAUGGUGACAUCUUCACUUGCAGUCUGUCAUCAGGACCCAAGGACUUGUGAAGAGCCAGCCUCAUCAGGACCCCAUGUUUGGCCUGAUGACAUCACAGAGUGGCCGAUUUGUACAUACCCUAAAACAUGGAACCACACAGGAUACAAACACAUGGACUGCACACUAAGGGGCAGGCCGUGCUGUAUUGGAACAAAAGGAAGAUGUGAGAUUACAACUUGGGAGUAUUGCCACUUCAUGCGUGGAUAUUUCCAUGAGGAGGCCACACUGUGUUCACAGGUCCACUGCCUGAAUGAUGUGUGUGGCUUGCUACCAUUCCUGAACCCCAAUGUUCCAGAUCAGUUCUAUAGACUGUGGCUCUCCCUUUUUCUUCAUGCUGGUUUACUACAUUGUCUGGUGUCUGUGAUCUUCCAAAUGACUAUACUUAGAGACCUGGAGAAACUAGCAGGCUGGUUACGCAUUUCCAUCAUCUACAUUGUCAGUGGUAUUACAGGAAACCUUGCCAGUGCCCUCUUCCUACCGUACAGAGCAGAGGUUGGUCCAGCAGGGUCUCAGUUCGGUUUGUUAGCCUGUCUGUUUGUGGAGCUGUUCCAGGCCUGGCAGAUGUUGGAAAAGCCAUGGAAGGCCUUCCUGAAGCUGUUAGGCAUUGUUCUCUUCCUUUUCUUCUGUGGUCUUCUGCCCUGGAUUGACAACGUUGCUCACAUCUUUGGCUUCCUCAGUGGUCUUCUCCUGUCCUUUACAUUCCUUCCAUAUGUCGCGUUUGGCACCUUAGACAAGUACCGCAAACGAGCUCUUAUUUUGUUGUCACUGCUUGUCUAUGUAGGGUUGAUGUCUUCACUUAUUGUCUGGUUCUACAUUUACCCUAUAAACUGGCAUUGGUUAGAGCAUCUUACCUGCUUGCCUUUUACCAGCAAGUUCUGUGAACGCUAUGACAUUGAUCAUGUGGUACACUAACCUUGAUUUUUGUAGACUAAAGAAUUUUCUAAGGACUGCAAGGGACUGAGUUAAAUCAUCAACACUCAGUAAAACAGCAAAUAAUGUCAUGCUAGAUUUGAGGUUUAGCACCUUUGUAACCAGUAGAAUGUACAAUAGUCAAUUUAUUCCCAAAGCAGUUCUGAACAUUUCAGGAUAAUUUGCAGGUAAACUAUGUGUUGUUACUGAAGCCUGUACUAUGUCCCUUUAGAUUAAAAUGUCUAACACCAAAUGUCCUUCCAAAAUUAUUGUUUGUGGAAACAGUGAGCUUUAUACUGUCUUUUCAUAUGUGCUUACACUUUUAAAGACAUGCUUGUUAAAUUUUUACUGUUAACUUCACACUAACAAACAUUGAAAUAUAAAAUACCAUUUACAUAAAGAUUAAUUUCCUGGUACUUCAGCUGUUUGUAUUUGUCCAAAGAGCAUUUCAGUGAACUACAUAAGGUUCAUAUAAAAUAAGAAUCUUUUAGAGUCAUUUCACUGAACUGGCUAUGAAUGAUGACGUUUUUUUGUUGAAACUUCAGUGACAUUCAAAAGAAUACUUUAUCCUUAGGUCACUUUUUGUACUUCUGUAGACAGCUGUAAACCUCUGGCUAGGCUAGUAAAAUCUAGUUCCACAUUAAUGAACACACUAGUGUAUCUUACCAUUCUUCUUUUUCUGGAUUACAAGCAUGUCCUCAGACAACUAAAAAGGAAAUGAUAUAGAUGUGGCAGUAAUUUUCUGAAUAGUAGGCUCUGUUAGUCAUUUCACUUCUUAGUGCAUUUCACAUUUCAUAAGUCAUAUAAUUUAUCAUUCUUUUUAUCUAUAUUUUUUUGCUCAGAAUAGAGAUCCUGUUUUGCACUCAACAGAGGAGUUUGUUUACAACCAGCUAUUAAUGUUAAUAUGUACACUGCAUGCAUUAAAUCAUGCGUGUAUUCAUUUGGCA